AUGACCAUGGUCAUUAGAACAACAAUGACUGCAAUCACUGCAAAAAAAAAAUCGCAAGAACAACAAUUAUCACCAACAUUGCAACAGUCAGAUCAAUUGUUGCUUGAAAAAUCAGCAAUUGAUGAUGACGAUGAUUUAUUUGAUGAAAUUGGACUUGCAAAUACAGUUGAUGAUGAUGAUAAAAUUUUAUGA